AUGGUUGCCACAGACAAUUGUUUUUUACCAUCUGACUUGUUGCAAUAUGCCGAAAUGUUACUGAAAGAGUCCCUCGGUGAGACUAACAACUACAGUUGGUUGAAAGCCAGGCACAUUCAACCAGAAAUAAUAGAAUCUAUAAAGGACUUACAAAAGUUAAAGCCGAUGGUAUUCCAGAUGACCUCAGAAAACUGCGCCAAAAUCGCUGUCAAACUUGACAACUUGACAGACGGUGUAUAUUCAGCUGCCGCCAUUUUAUCAACCUUUAAGAAACUGGUGCAUGAGCAAUACAGCAUCCAAUUAUUGGAAUCUAGCGUGAAGAGUGCGAAAGAGAGGAAGAAUAAAAAGAAUAACAGGGUUCAACCUAUACUGACACCUGAUGGGAGGCUCCCGACAGUUUCCUUUAUAUUGCAUUGA